AUGUCUUCGCUAGCUUUUGGGCUCAAUGGCGCAAAAUCUCAACCAAGAAUUUCCACAUCCUCCCAAAAGCGCAAAGCUCUCUUCGAUGAGGACGAAGAUGUGUCACAAACUCACGAUGCUCCGCAAAACAGCGCAAAGAAGCCUUCAAAACCCCUCCGACCAAUAAGUGCCUUUGGAAAUGACAAUGAAGACGAAGACCCUCCCAGAAAAUCACCAAAGAUUUCACAACCGGGACUGCAGACUGCGAAGGCGGGUUUGGAGAAAUACACCAAUCUCUCUGCACUACGUACAGCCAAACUGCAUGAUGAGGAGGCUUCGAAGAUAGAUUCCUCAGUAUACGAUUACGAUGCUGUCUAUGAGACAUUCCACGCCUCGAAAGAGAAGAAAUCAGGCAGUGCCGGAGAGGGGGCUGGCCCAAAGUACAUUGGUUCAUUACUGCAGAGCGCGGAAGUUCGAAAACGAGACCAGCUACGGGCGCGAGAGAAACUUUUGCAGCGUGAAAGAGAAGCCGAAGGAGACGAGUUUGCGGAUAAGGAGAAGUUUGUGACCGGCGCAUACAAGAGGCAGCAAGAGGAAGUGAGACGAAUGGAAGAGGAAGAAAAGAAGCGGGAAGAAGCUGAAGAAGAGCGUCGACGGAAAGGAGGCGGGAUGACGGCGUUUCACAAGAGAAUGUUAGAGAAAGACGAGGAAAGGAUGCGAUUGAUCAAGCAGGCAGAAGAAGACGUUGUCAAGAGGAAAGAGAGUGGCAUAGAUGACUAUAUGGAAAUCAAAGAAGAAGAGAAAUCGGAUGCAAAGAUUGCCGAAGAGCUGAACGAGAAAGGAGCAAGAAUCGUGGUCAACGAUGAAGGUGAGGUUGUCGAUAAGCGGCAACUUCUAUCCGCCGGUCUGAAUGUGGCGCCUAAAAAGCCCGGAAAGGAGCAGCAAGCAGCGACGAAACAAGAGUCGGCUCGUCCUCGGGAAUACUGGAGACCUUCUCAGGCGCAAGAUGCUCGUCAGGCUCAACGUGAGAGACAGUCACGGGUGAUAGAACGACAGAUUGAAGAGAUGAUGGAGAAGCAGAAACAGGCUGAAAUAGAAGAAGAGAAAGAACAGCAAGAAAAAACUAAAAGCAGGGUCAGCGAGGCUGACAAGAUGAGUGCUCGAGAGAGAUUCCUUCAACGGAAGAAGGAGAAGGAGGAAGAAGCGAGGAAAAAGAAAGAGGCUGCUGGUUGA